ACACAAACAAGACGAUAAUUCGGUAUUAUCGAGGGAGAAAUUUGUUAAAUCCAGAUCGGUUUCAGUCUCUGGUUUUCUCUGUAAUUGCCCAGCCAUGUCUGCUCUCUCCACUUCUCUCGUUUCUCUGAACAAUCCACGCUCUCAUUUCUUAUCCGGUUCUUCAUCGAAGCCGGUAGAUCAAUGCAUGUUGAGCACUGGAUCCUUUAAACUCUCUGGUAAUGUCAGAACUGCCGUGAAUAGAGGGACACUUACAGUCCGAGCUAGUGGGAAUGAUGGAAGACAAAGUAGUGCAAGUAUCUUCAUAGGUGGCUUUAUAUUAGGAGGAGUGGUUGUUGGAACACUUGGUUGUGUCUAUGCUCCUCAGAUAAGCAAAGCCCUAGCUGGAACUGACAGAAAAGAUUUGAUGAGGAAACUACCGAAGUUUAUUUAUGAUGAGGAGAAGGCCUUGGAGAAGACCCGCAAAAUUCUAACAGAGAAGAUUGCACAGCUGAAUUCUGCAAUAGAUGGUGUUUCCGCUCAGUUGCGGGCAGAUGAUGCUCCAAAUGGUGCUGCUGCUUCAGGUUCAGAAGGAGUUGAAGCUUCAAUAUGAAAAGAUAGUUGUUGAAAAUUCCGAGUAUAAAUGAUCAAGUUUACCAGUACUUAGCACCAGAGAAUAAUGUUUGUUGUUUUGUAUAAAUAUUUGUGCUUUUUUCUGUUAAUUCAAGGAAUUUUUGUCUGUUCUGAAACAACAUUAGGAGCCAGAGGAUCUCAAUUUUGCUGGAAUCCCGCCAUAUGAUGAAUGUAUUGGUUGUCUAUAGUGAAACAUGGCAUGAAUAAAGUUUUUCUCUCUGACUGUAUA